AUGAGCGGGAAUAAAAGCACUGCUGCCCCUUCUUUUAACGACGUGUGGCGAGUAACCGUUACAGGGAAGAAAAAGGAAGGACUGUCAGAGAAAGAAUUCGCUCGCCGAUAUGCCCUUCACGGAAAGUUGGCUGGACCUCUAGUGGUCAAGUAUAACGGCAUCUCUUACCGCCUGCAUCAGAUACGUGGCUCUCAUGCAGAUGAGCUCAGAGAGAAACUUGGUCCGGAGCUUUCGUCGCAACUUGCUGUUGGCGAUAUAGACGGAGUCAGCACUCUCGUCUUUCCGACAGCCAAAGACUUGGCCGGAUUCAUCAGUGAUCCCGAGUAUGGCGCGAAAUUGGUUCCGGAUGCGUCUGAAUUCGGCGAAGUGACUUCAAUUCAAUUUUCCGUUGGUGAUGAGCUGGUUGUGGUGGACGAUGGCAAAUUUGUGUUAUAA